CUUUUCAGCAAGACAGCUCUGAGGACCCGGGCUAGGUGGAGGGGCAUCAGGGCCCCAGCUGUUUUGUUUUGUUUUUCUGCCCUGCUCUCCAUUAGUGGAAGAAGAGGAUACUUUCUGGGCCAUGAGGCUGUCCUUACUCCUGGCUUUUGUCUCUGUCAUUCCAGUUGCUGUUCACCUAUUGGACAGCAGACAAUUUUUAAUCUAUAAUGAAGAUCACAAACGCUGCGUGGAAGUAAUAAACCCCAGUGCCGUCCAAACAGCCAUUUGCAAUCCAGAGGCUGAGUCCCAGAAAUUCCGAUGGGUGUCUGAAUCCCAGGUUAUGAGUGUUGCUUAUAAAUUAUGCUUGGGGGUGCCAUCAAAAACAGAUUGGGUUGCUAUCACUCUAUAUGCUUGUGACUCAAAAAGUGAAUUCCAGAAAUGGGAAUGCAAAAAUGAUACACUUUUUGGGAUCAAGAAUGAAGAUUUGUUUUUUAACUAUGGUAAUAGACAAGAAAAGAAUAUUAUGCUCUACAAGGGGUCUGGCUUAUGGAGCAGGUGGAAGAUUUAUGGAACCACAGAUGACUUAUGCUCUAGAGGUUAUGAAGCCAUGUACACACUCCUGGGCAAUGCAAAUGGAGCCACCUGUGCAUUUCCAUUCAAGUUUGAAAACAAGUGGUAUGCAGACUGCACAAGUGCUGGACGGUCAGAUGGAUGGCUGUGGUGUGGGACCACCACGGACUAUGACACUGACAAGCUGUUUGGAUUUUGUCCGUUGAAAUUUGAGGGCAGUGACGGACUAUGGAAUAAAGAUCCACUGACCAACAUUCUUUACCAGAUAAACUCCAAGUCUGCUUUGACAUGGCAGCAAGCCAGGAAGAGCUGCCAGCAGCAGAAUGCUGAGCUCUUGAGUGUCACAGAGAUCCACGAGCAAACAUACCUGACAGGAUUGACCACUUCCCUGACUUCAGGACUCUGGAUUGGCCUUAAUAGUCUGAGUUUCAACACUGGUUGGCAGUGGAGUGGGGGCAGUCCAUUCCGAUACUUGAAUUGGUUACCAGGAAGUCCAUCACCUGAACCUGGAAAAAGCUGUGUGUCACUAAAUCCUGAAAAAAACGCUAAAUGGGAAAAUGUGGAGUGUGUUCAGAAACUAGGCUAUAUUUGUAAGAAGGGCAACAAUACUUUAAAUUCUUUCAUUAUUCCUUCAGAAAGCGAUGUGCCUUCUAGCUGUCCCACCCAGUGGUGGCCAUAUGCAGGUCACUGCUACAAGAUUCACAGAGAAGAGAAGAAGAUCCAGAGAGAAGCCUUAAAAGCCUGUAGGAAGGAAGGGGGUGACCUUGCAAGUAUCCACACCAUAGAGGAAUUUGACUUUAUUCUCUCCCAGCUAGGAUAUGAGCCAAAUGAUGAGUUGUGGAUUGGCUUGAACGACAUCAGAAUGCAAAUGUAUUUUGAAUGGAGUGAUGGGACCCCUGUAACAUUUACCAAAUGGCUUCGUGGAGAGCCAAGCCAUGAGAACAACAGGCAGGAAGACUGUGUUGUGAUGAAAGGCAAGGAUGGGUACUGGGCAGAUAGAGCCUGUGAGCAGCUACUUGAUUACGUUUGCAAGAUGAAAUCACAAACUCAAGGCCCUGGACCAGUGGAAGAACAAAGAGGCUGCCGGAAAGGCUGGAAACGACAUGGCUUUUACUGCUAUUUGAUUGGACACACACUUUCAACAUUUGCAGAAGCAAACCAAACAUGCAAAAAUGAGAAGGCUUAUUUAACAACUGUUGAAGACAGAUAUGAACAAGCAUUUCUGACUAGUUUGGUUGGAUUGAGGCCUGAAAAAUACUUUUGGACAGGACUUUCAGAUGUACAAAACAAAGGGACCUUUCAGUGGACUGAAGAAGAAGAGGUUCAGUUCACACACUGGAACUCAGAUAUGCCAGGGCGAAAGGCAGGAUGUGUUGCCAUGAGAACUGGGAUUGCAGGGGGCUUAUGGGAUGUUUUGAAAUGUGAUGAAAAAGCAAAAUUUGUGUGCAAGCACUGGGCAGAAGGGGUAACUCGCCCACCGGAGCCCCCAACAACUCCAGAACCUAAAUGCCCAGAGGAUUGGGGUACCACCAGUAAAACAAGCUUGUGUUUCAAGCUGUUUGCAAAAGGAAAACAUGAGAAGAAAACAUGGUUUGAAUCUCGGGAUUUUUGCAGAGCUCUGGGUGGAGAGCUGGCUAGCAUUAAUAACAAAGAGGAACAGCAAGCAAUAUGGCGGUUGAUAACGGCCAGUGGGAACUACCAUGAGCUGUUUUGGUUAGGAUUGACCUACGGAAGCCCUUCAGAGGGUUUUACCUGGAGUGAUGGUUCUCCUGUUUCAUAUGAAAACUGGGCCUUUGGAGAACCUAAUAAUUAUCAAAAUGUUGAAUACUGUGGUGAGCUGAAGGGUGACCCCAGUAUGUCCUGGAAUGAUAUUAACUGUGAACACCUCAACAACUGGAUUUGCCAGAUACAAAAAGGAAAAACACUAAAACCUGAGCCAACACCAGCCCCUCAAGACAAUCCCCCAGUCACUGAAGAUGGGUGGGUGAUUUACAAAGACUACCAGUAUUAUUUUAGCAAGGAGAAGGAAACCAUGGAUAAUGCACGAGCAUUUUGCAAGAGGAAUUUUGGUGAUCUUGUUACUAUUAAAAGUGAAAGUGAGAAGAAGUUUCUAUGGAAAUAUAUAAACAAGAAUGGUGGGCAGACACCAUAUUUUAUUGGUUUAUUGAUCAGCUUGGAUAAAAAGUUCAUUUGGAUGGAUGGAAGCAAAGUGGAUUAUGUGGCUUGGGCUACAGGUGAACCCAAUUUUGCCAAUGAAGAUGAAAACUGUGUAACCAUGUAUACAAAUUCAGGGUUUUGGAAUGACAUUAACUGUGGUUAUCCAAAUGCCUUCAUCUGCCAGCGGCAUAACAGCAGCAUCAAUGCCACGGUUAUGCCUACCAUACCCCCAAGCCCAGGUGGCUGUAAGGAAGGUUGGAGUUUGUACAAUAACAAGUGUUUCAAAAUCUUUGGGUUUUCUGAAGAAGAAAGAAAAACUUGGCAAGCAGCACGCAAAGCUUGCAUAGGAUUUAAAGGAAAUCUGGUAUCCAUACAGAAUGAAAAAGAGCAAGCAUUUCUUACCUACCAUAUGAAAGACUCCACUUUUAAUGCCUGGACUGGGCUGAAUGACAUCAAUUCAGAGCACACGUUCCUUUGGACAGAUGGGAGAGGAGUUCAUUAUACAAACUGGGGAAAAGGCUAUCCUGGUGGAAGAAGAAGCAGUCUGUCCUAUGAAGAUGCUGACUGUGUUGUUAUUAUUGGAGGCAAAUCAAGGGAGGCAGGGACAUGGAUGGAUGACACCUGUGACAGUAAGCGAGGCUAUAUAUGCCAGACACCCCCUGACCCUUCCUUGCCUAAUCUUCCAACAAAAGCUCCAGCAGAUGGCUUUAUUAAGUAUGGUGAAAGCAGCUACUCACUCAUGAAACUGAAGUUACCAUGGCUCGAAGCAGAGAAAUAUUGCAAAGAUUAUGCUUCCCGCAUUGCUAGCAUUCUGGAUCCCUACAGUAAUGCAUUUGCAUGGAUGCAAAUGCACACAUUUAAUGUACCUGUGUGGAUUGCCCUGAACAGUAACUUGACAAAUAAUGAAUAUACUUGGACUGACAAGUGGAGGAUGAGGUACACUAACUGGGCCGCUGAUGAACCCAAGCUGAAAUCAGCGUGUGUUUAUCUGGAUGUUGAUGGCUGCUGGAAGACAUCGUAUUGCAAUGAAAGUUUUUAUUUUCUCUGCAAAAAAUCAGAUGAAAUUCCUGCCACUGAGCCUCCACAACUGCCCGGCAGAUGUCCAGAGUCAGAGCACACUGCGUGGGUUCCUUUCCAUGGUCACUGCUACUAUAUUGAGUCUUCAUUUACGAGGAAUUGGGGUCAAGCAUCUCUGGAAUGCCUUCGAAUGGGCUCCUCUCUGGUUUCCAUUGAAAGUGCUGCUGAAUCUAGUUUUCUGUCAUAUCGAGUUGAACCUCUCAAAAGUAAAACCAAUUUUUGGAUAGGCAUGUUCAGAAAUGUUGAAGGAAAGUGGCUCUGGUUAGACAACAGUCCAGUCUCCUUUGUCAACUGGAACACAGGAGAUCCCUCUGGUGAACGAAAUGAUUGUGUACUUUUAACUGCAUCUUCUGGGUUUUGGAAUAAUAUUCACUGUACUUCCUACAAAGGAUUUAUCUGUAAAAGACCAAAAAUUAUUGACACUGAGCCUACUCAUACAUCAACGACAACAAAAGCUGACUCAAGGAAGAUGGAGCCUCCCAAACAGUCUUCCAGCAUGGCAGGAGUGGUGGUCAUUGUGAUCCUUCUAAUUGUCGCAGGUGCUGGCCUCACUGCCUAUUUCUUUUAUAAGAAACGACGCACGCACAUACCUCAAGAGAGCACCUUUGAAAACACUCUCUAUUUUAACAGUCAAUCAAGUUCAGGAAUGAGUGACACAAAAGAUCUCAUGGACAAUAUUGAACAGAAUGAACACGCAGUCAUAUAGUAUAACGCAAUGAUGUUAUAUUUGGAUUUCAUAAAAUUGUAAAGUUUUAGAUUCUUUGAUUCAAUGUGAUUGUGUCUUUUAAAAAAUAGUACUGUAAUGCACUGGUCUGUUCUUUUCUUUGCCUAAUUGAAGAAAUAAUUGCUCAUUUUCUAACCUGGCAAGAUAUUUUUAUAAAAAGGGAUAAUAGUGCUGAUUACACAUUUUAUAAGAUCUUAGGUGAAUACACAGCACUACAGUGUCAGUGUUCAAACAUCAUUGGUGGUAGCUCCUAUAACUGCAUACAUAUUACAAGAACUCUACAAAUAACCAACCUAGCCUUUUGGAAUAAUUUAAGGAAAUCCCAAAGAUAAGCUGCUACCCACUGCAUUGUAAUUCAGCUAGAAGACCAUUUUAAAAACAAGUAUAAGUAACCUCAUGUGGAAAAAAAAUGUAGUCAGUGUCUUUUUCAUCAGUUGAUUUCACUCCAAUUAUUUCAAGUUGUCUUUGCCCAUGUGUAGAAGAAUAAGGCAGCUGAGAGUCUUGUUUUCCCCAAACAAGGUUUUACAGGCUGAAUAUUGCAAAUGUGUUCUUUGUCCUGUUGUCUGUAUAUCAGGAAGGCAAAGAUGUGAAAUAAAAAUGUAAAUGUACAUAACUGGAUGUACUUAGAUAAUGUGAAAUAAACAUUAAAGAUAAGGUCUAUUUUUAAUA